CUGGUGCUCAGGCUGGAGUGCAGUGGCACAAUCACGGCUCACUGAAACCUCCACCUCCAGGAGUUCAAGACCAGCCUGGGCAACAUGGUGAAACCCAUCUCUACAAAAUCUAGACAGCUGUGGUCUCAGCUACCCAGGAGACUGAGGUGGGAGGGUCACUUGAGCCUAGGAGGUAGAGGUUGCAGUGAGCUGUGACUGCACCACUGCACUCCAGCCUAGGUGACAGAGUGAGACCCUGUCUCAAAAAAAGGGGGGGGGGAUACCAGUCUUAACUGGAUGAGGUACAAUGUGAUUUCAUUUUACCUUAAUUACCCUUUAAAGACCCUGUCUCCAAAGACAGUCACCUUAUGAGAUACUGAGUGUUAGGACUUAAACAUAUGCGUUUGGUUGCGGGGGGACAUGAUUCAGUCAUAUCAAGGUGGGGAAUGGAGUGGUGUAACUGCUGAUGGGUGUGUGUCUCCUUUUUGGGGUGAUUAAAAUGUUCUGGAAUUAGUGGCAAUUAAUGUGCAUCUCUGUGAAUAUACUAAAAACCACUGAAUUGCCCAGCCAGAAAGGAUAAACUUUUGCCCUGGGCCAGGAAGAAGGCUGGCAUGCAGAGAGAGGAGAAAGGGGGGCUGGAUGAGCUGGCCUGCUAGCGGGGGCUCCAAUACUACAUAAGACCUUGCCCUUCUCCACAGUAUCUGGUGUUAAAUCUCAUUAUGAGGACCCUUUCAGCCCGGGGUUGGGAUUGGAAGUGAGACAUUGAAACUUCAAGGGCUGGGUUCUGGCCCGGGUGGGGAUUUGCCAUGGAGCAAAAUAGCCUCUUGCAGCACAUACGGGGUUUCCUGUGCCGGGCACUGUCCUAAGUCCUUCUCAACUCUUUCGUCAUUGAGUUCUCAUAGCAGUCCAGUGAGCCAGGUACCAUUCCUCUCUUCAGUCCACGGUGCCAGGUCAUUUGGCUAGGGUCCCACUGGGAGUUCGAAGGAAGCCAGGCUAGAGCUCAGGCCUCUCACCAGCUGGAGGUCUUUCCCAGACUCUCUAAGGUGAGAGUUGGUGAAUGGUGUCAGCCUGGGCCUGGAUGAGUGACCCACGGUGCUCAGUGAAUUUCAGGAACAGAGCCAGGGGAUGCUGCGGUCAGGGGUGUCUUGAUGGGGGAGAAGCAGGGCUGGGCGCUCACCUGGCUUCCCCGGACCUGCAGGUCCAGCCUCGCUCUCCUUCCCCCGAGCACCUCUGGCCCAAGGCCUGCCCACUUGCUGGAGCUGGCCCCUUGGCAAGGCUGCUGGGAGGGCCCGUGCUGCCAGGGCGGUCAGGGUCAGUGUCGGAGGUGCCGAAGGGACGCCCAAGGGGGUGCCCAGGUGGCAAGGUGCCUGUAUGCUCAGGGAAGCCACGUCCCAGCUCGCGGGUGGGUGCAGCAGAGGCCCACGUGACCUUGCUGCUGACAUUCCUCAGAGGCCAUGUGGCCCCAACUGGCAGCGACAGCUGCAGACGGGCUGAACCAGCUUUGUUCCCAGGGUGGCGCCUGCUCUCCAUCCAGGCCCCACUCCGGCUCCCACCCGACGCUGCUUUUGUUCCCACAUUUCGGGGGGCCUGGCACUGUGAUUCCUGCCCCAUGAGUGCCUAGAGGCACGGAGCCACCAGGGAUCACCCCACGUGGGGCACAGGGCUUGGGGAGGAUGGGGCAGGACCAGACCAAGCAGCAGAUCGAGAAGGGGCUCCAGCUGUACCAGUCCAACCAGACAGAGAAGGCAUUGCAGGUGUGGACAAAGGUGCUGGAGAAGAGCUCGGACCUCAUGGGGCGCUUCCGCGUGCUGGGCUGCCUGGUCACGGCCCACUCGGAGAUGGGCCGCUACAAGGAGAUGCUGAAGUUCGCUGUGGUCCAGAUCGACACGGCCCGGGAGCUGGAGGAUGCCGACUUCCUCCUGGAGAGCUACCUGAACCUGGCACGCAGCAACGAGAAGCUGUGCGAGUUUCACAAGACCAUCUCCUACUGCAAGACCUGCCUUGGGCUGCCUGGUACCAGGGCAGGUGCCCAGCUCGGAGGCCAGGUCAGCCUGAGCAUGGGCAAUGCCUUCCUGGGCCUCAGCGUCUUCCAGAAGGCCCUGGAGAGCUUCGAGAAGGCCCUGCGCUACGCCCACAACAAUGAUGAUGCCAUGCUCGAGUGCCGCGUGUGCUGCAGCCUGGGCAGCUUCUAUGCCCAGGUCAAGGACUACGAGAAAGCCCUGUUCUUCCCCUGCAAGGCGGCAGAGCUUGUCAACAACUAUGGCAAAGGCUGGAGCCUGAAGUACCGGGCCAUGAGCCAGUACCACAUGGCCGUGGCCUAUCGCCUGCUGGGCCACCUGGGCAGUGCUAUGGAGUGUUGUGAGGAGUCUAUGAAGAUCGCGCUGCAGCACGGGGACCGGCCACUGCAGGCGCUCUGCCUGCUCUGCUUCGCUGACAUCCACCGGAGCCGUGGGGACCUGGAGACAGCCUUCCCCAGGUACGACUCCGCCAUGAGCAUCAUGACCGAGAUCGGAAACCGCCUGGGGCAGGUGCAGGCGCUGCUGGGUGUGGCCAAGUGCUGGGUGGCCAGGAAGGCGCUGGACAAGGCUCUGGAUGCCAUCGAGAGAGCCCAGGAUCUGGCCGAGGAGGUGGGGAACAAGCUGAGCCAGCUCAAGCUGCACUGUCUGAGUGAGAGCAUUUACCGCAGCAAAGGGCUGCAGCGGGAACUGCGGGCGCACGUUGUGAGGUUCCACGAGUGCGUGGAGGAGACGGAGCUCUACUGCGGCCUAUGCGGCGAGUCCAUAGGCGAGAAGAACAGCCGGCUGCAGGCCCUACCCUGCUCCCACAUCUUCCACCUCAGGCGUGGUGCCUCACGUCUGUCUCGCAAGCACUUUGGGAGGCCGAGGCGGGCUGAUCACUUGAGCCCCGGAGUUCAAGAUCAUCUUGGCCAACAUGGUGAAACCCCGUCUCUACUAAAAAUUAAAAAAUUACCCAGGCAUGGUGGUGGGAGCCUGUAAUCCCAGCUACUCGGGAGGCUGAGGCAGGAGAAUCACUUGAACCCGGGAGGCAGAGGCUGCAGUGAGCUGAGAUCUGUGGCCAUUCUUUUCAUAAUCCCCAAAGAGAAGUCAGAGAGGCCCCUCAAAGGUCAUUAGGUCAGACAUCCAGGGCCAGACCUGCCCUGGGUCUGGUUCCAUCCCAUCCUCUCAACUCCCAGCCCCUGCUCUGCCCUGGAGGUCCCUGGGGCAGAGGAGGAGAGGGGCAAGCCGGGUGCAGUGGGAGCCUGGGGGGACCGUUCCCUUCCCUUCCACUGCUGCUGAACAGCCACCAGGAUGCAUCCCAGCCCCUGCAGAGGGCAGGCAAGGAAGGAAGAGAGGGCCCAGGGCCCGGAGGGAAGGACAGGCCUCAGGGGAGUGGACAGGGCCCUUUGCCU